AUGCCCUUCCCUUGCAAAUGCCCACGCGAAUCUCGCGACAAAUGGAUACCUGUGAGAAUUCCAGUUGUCGAGCGGACAUGGGACAACACCUGCCAUCAGGGUCUUCUCAACCAGCGCGGCUUCCAGGCGGCCUACAACCCAGCGGCCAUUCCCGAGCUCCUCGAGCGUCUCAAGCAGGAGAAUCACUCUGGCUCCGAAACUCAAGAGAUCCUGCCAUCCAGCUGCUCUCAAGAAAGCCAAGUGAAACAAUUUGGGCUCCCUCCUGUGGCUUCAAACAGCCUUGUUGCACAGAGGGAUGUUGGGUUCGGCAACCCCAACGGCUUUGGUCGCUUCGACCCUCGCCCGAUUGCGGGCAGUCUCAGCCUUGGUAGCUUCAUGAUCAAGUCUCCAGCCCCCUUGACAGACAGACCGGCUUGA